UGCUAGGGCGGACAUUUUGGAGGGGCGAUGAAGCCGCAGAGCGGAAGUGCUGCAGAGCGUGCGGCCUCCUCUUCCGGAAUUACAAUUUUUUUUUUCGGUGAAGGAAAUGGCGCCGCUGGCUGUAUUGACGGUGAUUUCAGCGCGGAUUGUGACGGACUGAGAGGCGCUUCCCCCAGACCGCAGCUCCAGUCGGACGCUACUUUAUGUCCCUGCAGUGCACUUUAUAUACAUGAGAGACUUGGAAGCUGCAGCUACCAAAGACAUUGAAGUAAAUCCUAGCAGUGCAAGAUCAAAUAAGCCAGCCUUCGUCUAUCAAGCAGAAUAAAUGCUGGUUGUUGUGGAAAUACAGAUAAACGAAUUAUGCCAACCGACCCUCAUCAAUCAGUCGGCAGCAGCAACCAGUGCCUCAUAAUCCUCCUUGUCAAAUCCCAUCACGGUUCUGACAUCGGGAACAGAAGCGACUUGUGAAGUGUGGCCAGCACAUACCCGACAUUGUGGCCAAACUGGGGUUAGCCACUAAAGUAUUAAACAGGUCGCAAAGCAACACUGUGGUGGACCAGGAGAGACCUGUGACAGAAGAAGUGCAGGGAAGUUGUAAAGAACAUCCAGGCAUGCCCCCAAUUCGGGAUCUGGUCAGCCAUUCUCCUAACCAGCUAGAGCUCAAUCACAGUAGCCUCGGCUCUCACUAUGAAAAUUCCCACUGGGGACCAGUCUCUUCCAAUGGUGAUUCUAGCACUACCUGGGAAAAAGUCAUUGUAGACGGCACUGAAAAAGAAGCGUGGCCAUUGAUCACAGGCACUAGCUCAGUGUUGACUUCAGAAUGUAUGGAUAUGGACUCUUCCCCAAGCUCUAGGGCAGAGAAGAGCCACCUAGUGCCAUUUGGGGAUACAGCAGAGGAAAUGGAUACUAUGAGAAAUGGCAUUGGACAUAGUUCUCAGAGCAAACUUUUGGUUGGCAACAACAGCAAUAAUGCAGGCAAUGGAAGUAUUAAUGGGCCAUGGGCAGUGACCCAUGGAACUGUAAUAAGCACAUGUCAAGAUGGCCCCGAUAGCAAAACCGAUAGUAGGCACAACAGGAUUAAUGCUUGGGGCACCGCGAAUACUUCAGCAAAUGGAGUUCUAAAUCCAAGCACUUUGAAUAUGAAUGGCAACCAUGGUGCCUGGCCCAUUUUCGAUAGCAAUGGACAUGCCCUUAAAGGGUCAAAUAAUUCUGGCACAAAUGUUCCAAGCAGUACUUUAGGUCAGGUGUCUAACAAUAGGAGUAUUAACCCUAAAAUGGGCAUCUCGGCCCCUGGCUCCUGGGGGAAUCUCCAGGAGAAUGGAGAUUCUGAACUCAAUGGUACACGGAAGGCUUCUUUUAGUGGGCGACCUCAAAACCUUAACACUGAAAUGACUGGACCAAAUAACACUACUAACUUUAUGACCUCUAGUUUACCAAACUCUGCUGGCUUAAUGCAGGCAAAUGAACUCCCUAAUUCUACAGGGCAUGGGGCUUGGAGUGUGAGCAAUAUGAAUCAUUCUCCACUUCACACCCCUUCAGUUACAAAUGGCACUUCCAAUCCUCACCUAAGUAAUGGCGAGGAAAAAAACAGCGGAUCAUACGGUACUACAUGGGGUACCUCCGGCUCCUCUUAUUCUGGCGAUAAGAUUUCAGUCCCUAAAGGGCAAGCUAAUGGCGACACUGUGAAUGUGACUAUAAUGCAGCCGGGCCAAAAUGGACCCAAUGGCCCAAGCUAUAAAAUAAAUGGUAAUAAAGGAGGAAUGUGGGAGUCGGGGACUGUAAACUCCCAAAAUAUGCAUUGGGGAAGUGGAAACACAGGAACUUCUGAUGGAAGUCAACGAGGAUGGGGAAAAGCAGCACAAAACACUGGCACUAAUAUUUCAAAUGGCGAUUGGAACAAACUGCCUAACAAUCAGCAUUCCAAUGAGGGGGGAAACACAGAACAUUGUAGGAAAACAUCAAAUACCUGGAAGUCUGCUGAGGAAGAGAAUGCAGGACAAAUUUCAGCAGGAUCCAAAGGCAUUGAGGCAAAUGUAUGGGCCAAAAGUACAGGUACGGGGGAAAGCGAAGGUAGUGUAGACGGCACUGGAAGUCAAAGUGAUCAUGGGACCGGAUGCAGGCUUGUGGAAAGAGGGACAACAGACCAGCAAACAUUACUCCAAAAUAUUGUAAAUAAAGGUGAAGUAGAUCCACGGGUCUUGUGCAACACUGGCUGGGGACAGACUCCAAUUAAACAGAACACCACCUGGGAAGCUGAAGCUGCUGCUUCUCUGAGCAAGAGAAAGACUGAACAUGGAACAGAAACUUGGGGAUGCUCUGUAUCAAAGACUUGUAACUCAGGGGAAUGGGUGGAUAAGCCCAACCCUAACAGCAAUGAUACCUCAUCAGUAUCUGGGUGGGGAGAUCCAAAGUCUGCUACAGGGUGGGGUGAUGCCAAAGGUGAAGUUAGCCAAGGGGAAUGGGAAGAUCAAUUUGCUGCUACUACUAGAAUGGUCAAGAGCAAUCAAUCUUGGGGAAAUGGUAAAGAGGACAAAUCCAAUUGGAAUGAUGCACAAAAGGUCAAACAGGGGUGGGGGUCCCGCAAUGGGGACAGCUGGGGAGAGAAUUCAAAGAGUAAUCACUGGGGAACAACAAAGUCAAGUUCUAGCAGCGACAGUGAGAGAUCUGUAUCUGGUUGGGGUGAGCCUAGUCGAUCCAACUCCUGGGGAAGGGGAAAUCAAAAUAAUGCAUCAAGCUGGGCUGAACCUUCCAAAUCAAGCACAGCUCAAGGGUGGGGAGAGCCAGCAAAGCCCAACCAGGGAAAUGGGGACAUUUCCAGAUGUGGCCCAAACAACAUGGAGAGUGAAAAUCUGCAAGCAAGCUCUGAGGAAUGGAAUAAAAAGCAGGAAAGUGGGUCAUGGGGGGCACAGACCUCCAUCAGUAAGUCUUCUGGCUUGUCUGGUGGAUCAAGGUCAACUCCAACAAAGGAAGUUGAACCAACUGGCUGGCAAGAGCCAUCUCCUGAGUCCGUACGGCGCAAAAUGGAAAUAGACGAUGGAACUGCAGCCUGGGGUGAUCCCAACCAAUAUAAAUACAAGAAUGUGAACAUGUGGGAUAAAAAUACAUCCAAUAGCAGCAUGAGUGUUGAGGAACACCCGGGCCAGCUUAAUGGACUGCCCACAACUUCAAGUGCUAUGCCAAAUAAAGAAAGCAGCAGCAACAGCUCUGGCUGGGGCGAGUCGUGGUCAGAACCUACAGCUCCUGUUGUGGAUAAUGGUACUUCAGCAUGGGGUAAACCUGUGAAAUCUGCCAGCGGUUGGGGUGAUCACAGCACUGAAGGUGUGACAUCGGGUUGGAACCACACUCCCAUUGGCCAACAAGCUCCUGGAAAACCUGGUCCCAAAUCUAUGCAAGAUAGUCGCUGGUGUGGAGAUGAUACAUCAGGGUCCGGGAGCCGACAUGGUUAUUGGGGUGAGGAAGAGGAGGAUGUCGAAAUUGGAAUGUGGACCAGCGGUUCAUCACAGACCAACCAAUCAGUUAACUGGCCACCUUAUAUGAAGAAAAUGCCUACAAAGGGACCCAUAAAGAAUGGAAAUAAGCAAGAGGAGAACUUUAUGAAUCCAUUUGUAAAACAAUUCAGCAAUCUGGGAUUUUCAAGAGAGUCACCAGAGGACUCAUUGCAGAGCAAUAAGAUGGAAAUGUCUGGAGGGAUUUUGCCAGACAAAAGGAUCGAAGUGGACAAAUCUGGCCUUGGCAUAGGGGAAUACAAUCGUGCGAUUGGGAAAGUUCCAGGUCCUCGGCACCCUAAAGAGUCUUCCAUGGAUUUCAAUGCUUACUUUGAUAAGGAUGGCAUUGUAGCAGAAGAGCUGCAAAACAUGCAGUUUGUUUCCAAUCAGAACACAAAGCUUCCCACUUUGAAUAGUGCACUAGCUACUCAGUCUCACGGCUCUUUCCCAGGGCUGGGAAUGCCAAACGUCAAUUCUGUCAGACAGAAUGGCAAUCCCAAUUUAUUUGGUGUUGGCAAUGCAGCACAAGCCAGGGGCACGCAGCAGCCUCCAGCACAAUCUCUUAACUCGUCUCAGCCUAACAUUCGUGCGCAAGUGCCUCCUCCCAUUAUACCCCCUCAGGUUCCUCCUUCUUUGCUGAAGUAUCCCCCAGCCAAUGGUGGUCUGAACCCCCUUUUCGGCCCCCAGCAUAUAGCCAUGUUGAACCAGCUUUCCCAAUUAAACCAGCUUUCCCAGCUGCAAAGGUUAUUGAAUCAGCAGCAGAAGAUUCAGAACCAGAGGGGGGUGCCCUCAGGAGGUCGCCAACAACAUGAGCAGGCCCGGUCUCUUGGUACACAGCAGCAAGCACGUCAACUUGAUCCCAACCUGCUGAUGAAACAAAGCAUUCCUCAAUCACAGCAGCAAAUGUUUCACCAGCCUCCCAUGAAAUCUUUUAUGGAGAAUGUGCUGCCCCACUCUGCCCCAGAGUUGCCAAAAGUACCUUCACCAAUCAGUGCUUUUGGUGGCUUCCCUUCAGGCUUGAACUCAAACUCGAAUGUAAAUAUGGAUUUCGGGGUUGUAAAGGAGCCACAGUCACGACUGAGGAAGUGGACAACAGUUGACGGCAUGUCUUCUAAUACUUCUCUGGAUCAAAAUUCCAGUAAACAUGGUGCUAUUUCAAGUGGUUUCAGGCUUGAAGAUUCUCCUUUUGGUUCUUAUGACUUCAUGAACAGCAGUAACUCUCCAUCCAGCCCUCCAGGAUCUAUUGGGGAUGGCUGGCCUAGUGCCAAAUCGCCAAACGGCUCCAGCAGUGUCAACUGGCCCCCCGAAUUCCGCCCGGGUGAGCCAUGGAAAGGUUAUCCAAACAUUGACCCAGAAACUGACCCUUAUGUCACUCCUGGCAGUGUCAUCAACAAUUUGUCAAUUAAUACUGUUCGGGGUGUUGACCACCUCAGGGACAGAAACAGUGGGUCAUCCUCUUCUUUGAACACCACGCUGCCUUCAACUAGUGCCUGGUCCUCCAUUCGUGCCUCCAACUACGGUGUCUCCCACAGCAGUACAGCACAAAGCACUUCAGUUAGAAACAGUGACCCUAAACCUACUUGGUCUUCUGGUUCCGUCGCCAACACUUCUCUGGCUCAUGAACUGUGGAAAGUCCCUUUGGCAUCUAAAAACAUCAGUGCUCCGUCCCGGCCACCCCCAGGGCUGACUGGUCAGAAGCCUCCUUUAUCCACCUGGGAUACCAACUCCCUACGUCUUGGUGGGUGGGGCAGUUCUGACUCAAGAUACACACCAGGUUCUAACUGGAGUGAAAACAGCUCAGGGAGAAUCACAAACUGGCUAGUUCUGAAAAACCUAACGCCUCAGAUUGAUGGCUCUACUCUGCGUACUCUGUGCAUGCAGCACGGGCCUUUGAUAACAUUCCACCUGAACCUUCCCCACGGUACUGCUCUUGUCCGUUACAGUUCAAAGGAAGAGAUAGUGAAGGCACAAAAGUCUCUGCACAUGUGUGUUUUAGGGAACACUACUAUACUUGCUGAGUUUGCCAGUGAAGAGGAGAUAAGUCGUUUCUUUGCACAAGGCCAGUCUCUGACUCCUUCCCCCGGCUGGCAGUCCCUUGGCUCUGGGCACAGCCGACUGGGAUCCCUCGACAGUCCUCACAGCAUCUCGAACCGUGGAGAUAUCAAUCACUGGAACAGUCCAGGAGCUUCUGGCUCUAGCUCUGGAGACCUUCAUGGCACUUCUCUCUGGGGCACCCAGAAUUAUUCAACAAGCUUAUGGGGUAAUGAGGGCAGGGGCUUGAGCAGUCAAUCACCUGUCCCCACUUUCCUUUCUGUUGAUCAGUUAAACGGAGAGCCCAUGUAGCCUUUCUUCUAUGACCUCAACUGUCAGUUUGCUAAAGCAGCCAGUUGGCUGGACUGUUCACCCUUCUCAAAUCUGCAGGCUCUGCAGACAGCUCUUCUGCACUCUUCCCACUUCUUUUCUUUCAGCCCAAAACAUAUCCGUUUGAAAUACUUGAAUCAUCCAGGCCAAUGUUAUAAUGUGAAAAAAAAGAAAAAUUAUAUAUAUAUAUAUAUAUAUAUAUAUAUAUAUAUAUAUAUAUAUAUAUAUAUAUAUAUAUAUAUAUAUAUAUAUAUAUAUAAUAAAUGCGUACAGUGAGCUGUGUGUAUCCACUUGUAGGUUUUUUCAAUUCCAUUCCCCCUUUAUAUUUUCCUCAUAGUAUGAGCUACAUUUCUUAUUAUUUUUUUUGCACUGGACGGUGCUCCGUACGUUUUUGAGAUAAUUAGAAGCAACAGCUCAAGUGUAAACUGUUUACUCUCAACGCGUGUACUUAAAAAGCAGAAACAAGAUAACGGAUAAUGCUCAUUAUUUCUAAGAUGCCUUGAUGUACCAACCUUAUUGUGGUAUUACAAAGUUCUAGCUGCUUCCCAGCGUCCGUCGGUCGGUGACGUAUUGCGGAGCAACGCCUCGCUGACGGCUCCUGUGCUGAAAGCGGUAACCAUAACUGACGGUUUAAACUUAGUUUUUAAAAAAAAAAAAAGUAUUGCACCAGGUUUUUGUGACUAAACCUAAUAGAAUUUAGCUCCACAGUUUUAAUAAAAAAAAAAUUAAAAUCAAAAAUCUAGAAAAAAAAAAAAAAUUUAUACUGGAAAAAAAUAUUAAAAAAAUAAAGUGGCCACAGCUGUGACGUAUGCCCUACACAUGCCAGUAGGGGGCAGCACUUUCAAAAAAGGCUUUGCAUUUUCUUUAAGGGAUUCCCAAUCUUAGGGUUCUCUUGUUUACAGAAUGUUUUUUGAUUUUAUUUUAUUUUUUUGAUGGGGAGGGAAAAGGGGUUCUUAAUUUAGUGUUCAAAUAAAUGUUUACUCUUCCAUCGAUUUAAGGAGAAAAAAAAAAAAGGAAAAAAGUUCUUGUGGUAAGAAUGUGUUUUCUCUGGGAGUCAGUGUUUGGUGUUUUCUUUUCUCCCAUUCCCCUUUUCCCGUGUGCGUGAUUCCUAAUUUGUUCAAUAAUCAAAAAAAAAAAAUGGGGGGGGGAAAUGGCUCUCAGGAACAAGAUGAAAAUAACACUUACCUUCUCUCGCGCUAAAAAUAUAUAAGAAUUACAAAAAAAAUGCAACUUUUAGCACUAACCGCGCUCCUCUCUGCCAAAAACUACCCCAUUAAAGCUUUCGAAAGCCAAGAUUAACAUUUAAAAAAAAAAAAAAAAAAAAAAAAAAUUGCGUUGAUGCUGUGUCUUAGUGAGUAGCCUGGAGAUUUGCCCACAUCCAAUAUAAACUCGGGUUUUCGUGUUCCUUUAGGUGGUCCUGUGUCUUCGUGUUUUAUCCGUGUUCUCGUUCGUACCUUUUUGUUUGUUUUUU